AUGGAAGACAAACAAAGUGUUCAUUUCUGCAAAACUUAUGCCAGGCCCAACUGGCCGUACGAAGAUUGGACGUGCAUAGAGAAGGAAGUUGAUGUGGAGGACGAUAGGCUCUCUGGUACAAAAUUUGAUGAGCCAAUGCCUGUGUCGGACAUUUCGACCAUUACUUCUGAUGAUCUUGCAGCUCGUGAUAGUACAACGCGCUCAGUAGAAGAAAACGUGUUACAGAAAACAGACUCUGUAGAUAAAAAUGACCAAGACACCCAAGAUACUUCAACCGAAGGUCUAGAAAGCUAUGAGCCUGAUCACUGGUCAUAUGAUCUCUCUGAACCCCUUGAUGACGACUUACCACUUUGUCAACUACUUCGGUUCAUAGAGCCAGAGUUAAAUUACAGUGGAGCCCAGAGUAAAAAGAUAUUUGAGGAGAUAAACGAGAUGAUGAGAAAGACGAUUGAAAAGUUAGAAUCUUGCUAUCUUGUUUUCAAAAAGUGCUCCCUUAUUCCAGUUGGUAGCGUCAACGAAAAUACGAAAAUUGGCAAGGCUGAUGAAUUUGACUAUGCCGUUGUUCUUCCAUACUUCGAAAGCUUCGAGAAACUUUUCCCCAUAAUUUUCAAGAAAGACGAGUCCCUGUUGUAUGACGACCCGGCUUAUGUUGCCCUGGUAGAUGAUAUUGCCUGGGGUGGUGAUACUAAGCACAUCAAAGAAAACUUUCAGGCAGCAAUGAAGCAAGUCUGGUCCCUUUACAUGGACGAUUUUCUCCCCGAGGGCUGGAAACUAUCCGAAUCAACCUGCCAUGGAGACGAACAAAGCAUCGCGAGGACAGUCCAUCUUGUUCGUUCAUCGGAUGGAUUUAUUGUCAACAUCGACAUUUGCUUUUGGAUACCUAUUCACAAAUCAGUCCUCGAAGAGAAGGGCUCUAACGUUGAGCAAAGGGACUUUCUCUUGAAAAAUUGCCUUGACGGAGAGAUGAAGUUAUUCGCCUUGCUGCCUAAGGACCGUGACAUAGAGUAUGCUUUAAACUCGCCGCGCUUUGCUAUGUCACUAAAGGAAAGGGAAGAGUUAAACAAGUAUGGACCGCUGAAUGGACGCAUCCAGUGCUACAAGUUUGCCAAAUGCAUUGCAAAGUUUUUUGUUCCUUACAUUCAGAAAAAAGAGAACUGCUCUUUCUGUUUAGACGGCCUUGUCUCUUCGUUUGCUCUUAAAAACAUAGUUCUCUACAUGGCAAAUAAUUAUCCAGAUGAUAAGAUGUGGGCUGAAGAUCAACUUGGAAACAGAGUUUCUGAAGUCUUUGCCAUUCUCAAUUUCUGUAUUAAAGUUAAUUGCAGUCAAGUAUCGGCGUUUUUAACACCCUACACUAUACCACUGCGCACGCAUUCAGCCAAAUAUGAUUCUGGAAAAGGCGUGCUUAUAGAGAAGGGUGCUGACGGGCUUUACGAUGAGGAAGAUCACUGUCUUCUUCCAGAAGUGGAGAGAUUUGAGUCGCUAUUCACAAAAGACCUUAUUUCCAAGAAGAUUUUGCAGAACUACUUCAGUUUUCUCCACGAAUAUAACUGGUGUGUACCCGAGGUAUUUGAUCGCUUGACCGAGAUGUUGACGGGUUUGACCGAGAAAGAUGAUGAGGAAAGGAGAGAAUAUGCAGAGAAUCCUGGGUGUCUGUGUUUUCAAACGUUUACAGCCGAAGACUUUGCACUAUAA